CACGAAACCUCUGUGCCAACAUAUUACCGGGGCGAAACCACCCGUGACCUCUGAUACAAUUGAGUCUACCAAAUGACGACGGUGGAAGUGAAAGGUCUGUGAAUGAAAAGUAUACUCACGAGGAGAAAUAUCAAAGAGGUAUAAAUUUGAAUAUUUAAUUUUACCCUACUAAAUCUCCGGAAUUCAGGAGUUUCCCUGGGCUUAGCCUCCGGAACCCCAACAGGACUUUGCUAUGGACCCACUAGGGGCCUCAAGAUUGAUUAGAAGUAUCUGACCUGAUGGAUCAGCGUUGGGCCCAGGAUGUGUUACGGUGUCAUCUCUGUGAGACUCCAUCUUCCUCUAUGUACUGUGACAUUUGUCACAUAUAUCUGUGUAAAGCCUGUGUGGGAGAACAUCUCUCCGAUGAAUCCCAAGAUCACAAAGUUGUGUCACUUAAAAAGAGAGGAUCUACAACUAAAUGUCCAAAACAUUCUUCAAACAUAAGCGUACUUUAUUGUCAACAGUGUGACAUUCCUAUUUGUACAACAUGUGCUUCAUCUGAAGAGCAUCAUGGUCAUAAAUUUAUUGAAUUAAUGGAAAACAAGAGAGAAGUCAUUCAAAAAGAUUUACAGGAAUUAGAAAAACUUAUUUAUCCUCAAUAUCAAGAGAUUGCAUCAGAAAUUCCAAUUCAUUUCGCUGAUCUGAAUACAAACUCACAGGAAUUGACAACAGCUAUCAACCAACAUCAAGAUGACUUAUUCAGCGAAAUAGACACCAUGACUAAGACACUGAAAUCUUAUCUUGCUAAAAUGGACUCCAAACACCUGGCUGUACUACACAAGCAGGAAGAUGAAAUUAAACACACUAUUUCUGAAAUCACCCAGAGCAUUGCUGAUCUGAAAAAGUUACUAGACACUAAUGAUGCAAGCCUUGUCGCUGCCUACAAAUCAAGAAAUGCCAAAUUCAGAAGAUUGCCUCCUAAACUUAAGGUUUCAUUACCACGUUUUAUUCCUCGGGGAUUCAACAAAGAACUGUUUGGUUCUCUGACAGCGUUAUCUUUAAUAAAAGAAGAACGUUGUAGCAUAAUUAAUUCUCCUGUUGCUGGGUCAUCUAUCCUGGACAAACUGCUCAUUGAUGCACCACGGAUCAUCGCAAAAGUAAAAACGGAGGUUAAAUUUUUGGGCAGUGUGGCCUGUCUAAGUGAUAAUGAUAUGUGGACGUGUGGUGAAGACAAUAUCAUGCGACUUUACAACCUCCAGGGAGAACUAGUGCAGUCAAUCCAUUCCAAGUCAGGAAAAAAUCCAUGGGACAUAGCAGUGACACGGACUGGGGAUCUUGUUUAUACUGAUGACAAAGAUAGAAGUGUGAACAUACUUAAGAAAAAAAAGAUAAAAACAUUGAUCAGAACAAGGGAUUGGAUUCCUCGCAAUGUAUGUAGUGCCUCAUCUGGUGACUUCUUAGUUGUUAUGACCAGUGAUGAUGAGAAACAAACAAAAGUUGUGCGUUAUUCCGACGCCACAGAAAAACAAAGUAUUCAGUUUGAUGACAAAGGACGACCUCUCUAUUCACCUGAUUGCAUUAAAUACAUCAGUGAGAACAGAAAUCUAGAUAUUUGUCUGUCAGAUUAUGGGGGUCAUGCAGUAGUUGUAGUAAAUCAGGCCGGGAAAUUCCGGUUUACCUACACUGGUCCUCCCUCUACUAAGAAACAAUCAUUUGAUCCACUCGGCAUAGCUACAGACAGCCAGGGACUGAUACUUAUUGCAAAUAUUAACACCAGCUGUAUCCAUGUUGUGGAUCAGGACGGACAGUUUCUCCGUUACAUUAAGAAUUGUGCUUUACAGAAUCCACGAGGUUUUAGUGUGGACACCAGCGACAACCUCUUCGUUGUUGAGUACUAUUCUUAUCAAUUGAAGAAAAUAAAAUAUUAUAUUUAGAACAUAAUAUGCCGCUUCGACUUUCUCUGUAUGUAUUGCUUAUUGACAAACUGAAAUUGUAUGUAUAGUAAACAUAUAUGUGUAUAGAAAAUGAUUACCUGUAUUUUGUAACAAUAUUAUUCACAUAAGAUAUACCUUCAUUAAAUUAUUCUUUCAAGUAAUUCAUGUCAUAGGUUUA